GGACAAUCUGGAUCAGGAUAUCAUGCAGUAUCUCCAGAUCUAGCCUCGGACGGUUAGCAGAGCUUGCUUAGCGAGAGACAAGCUGAUGAGAUAUUUCCUUUUUCGUAUCACCCACGAGAGUCGCGAUGGAUCUGACAUCAUGGCACAUGCAUUUUGUCAGUCCCUUCAUCAGAUGAGGUUCCAGAGACUGGUCAGUCGACAACCGGGGAACUCCCUUGCUUAAGGUUUGUCACAGGCACCAUCUAAAUCGCGCAAGUUAGUAAUUUACUCCCACCAUGAUUCAACCAGCUACAUUUGCCAUCGCUCUUUCCCUAUCAACACUUCCCAUUCUCCUCACGCCGUCUUUGCACCGAGCCCAUAACAACGGAUCUACUCACUCACACUGAAGACUAGAAAUACAGACAUACGAUUCCAUUUUGUCCAUUUACCAACCAUUCUCAAACAGCAACAACCCAGCUCCAUCAAACAACUCAUCUACACAAUGAAACUACUACUCCUCCCCACCUUAACAACCAUCUCCGGCCUCCUCCACCCUGUCCCCAUCCACGCCCGUCCUCACCCCCAAGCACAACAAACUUCCCCAACCACCACCACCCGCUGGCAAAUCUCUCUCUACCAAAACCAACAAUGCACGGGCGAAACAACAUCUUUUUCCGGCAACGGGUCUGUUAUAUGCCACGAUACGAUUCUCAACGGCGGUGCCUUGGGCUACAUUGUCACGAUGGGCGCGUGGUCAAAUUGCUCUGUGCGGGUCUUUGAUGAUACGGCCUGCAGGCGACUUAUUGACGUCGUGGAUGGUGAGAACAACGGGAGCUGUCAAGUUCCGGAUGUGCAGGAGGAGGAGAUUCGGGGGGUGGAGGUUUCUUGCUGAUAAAUGAAUUUCAUGAUGAGUGAGUGUGGAAGGAAGGGAGGUUUUGUGUUGGUUUCUUUGUUUCUACAUCUCUUUCUUUUUUUCUUUCUCUCUUAGGUUGCGCUUACCUUCGAAUUAUGUUUAUUAUUGCUAUCUUGCUUUUGGAGAUGCGUUUUCAGUACAAGUAUGACGACGCUUCUUU